GCACUCAAGGGGCUCGAAGGCGUGAUUGGCAUGUCGGCGACUCACCCAACCUGGCAGAAGACGCUCCCCGACGACGACAACGACCACCACUACGGCUGGGCGUUUGCGAGUCCAGACGACCCCCCGUUCGUACCCCCGGGGGGAUAUGGUUCAGUGCCUUCUGGGCCCGGCGCUAUCCCUGACCCCCUCCACGGCUUCAAGACCGUGCGGCAGAUCUACGACAUGGCCGUCGGACCGGGGAAGUUGAGCAAGUACACGGUGCCCAUACUCUGGGACGAAAAGGUGCUUAUUGUGCACAUUACAUGGCAGCUUCGGUCGUUGUUUCUUGCGUACUAUGGUCGCCUUUUUUUCAUCGCCUGAGUGUAUGUGUAUGUGCACAUUGAUUUUAACAUUUCCUCAAGCAUUUGUUUCCUGGGCGGAUGAAGUUUUUUUGCACGGUGGGGUUGUGUGCUUUUCGAUUGCAUUUGAUACUGUGGGUUUUGUUCGUUUCGAUCUACAUGUAGUCUAUUCGUGUGCUGUUGUGGAAUGGUUGAUCCCCUUUCCUCACAGUUUAUG